UUUUUUCGGAUUGAGUUUUGCGGUACGGGAGCCGGAGUGAGUGUGUCUCGCCGGGUUGGGUGUUCGCUAAGCGGAUGGGUGUGGACCUUCAGCGCUGAGGCUGUCGAGUUGGGAGCCGCCGAAGGCUGCGUGUCGGGCGGACUUCUUGUACCCUCUUUUAGAGGGGAGUUUUUAAAAAUCCCGCUUGUGGGCGAUUGAGGCCCAUUGUGUUAUUACCGCAUCGCAAUCUCCCGGGAACGCCAGACCCACGGAUAGGCCCGUACGAAACCGAACGCCGUAUCAGGCUCAAACUGCCAGCAGUGCCAUCUCUCCAAUGACAUGUGAACUGCCCUGUCCAUUCGUGGCCAUCAUGGAUGAUCCUAUAUCCGCCGAUGGAGAGAAGUUUUGCUCUCUAAACCACGCCGAGCGGACCUUCAACAAAAUGCAGGUUUACCUGCAACGCAAGCAGCUGACGGAUGUCGUUUUGAAGGCUGGUGACGUCCGUAUCCCAGCUCAUAGGCUGGUCCUGUGUGCUGUGUCCGAUUACUUUGCCGCUAUGUUCACUAAUGAUGUCGUUGAAGCGACGGCAGGGGAGGUCGAACUGAGAGAUCUGGACCCUCAUGCAUUAAAGGCGUGCAUUCAAUACAUCUACACAGGAGAGAUUCUUUUGAAGGAAGAGAAUGUUGAGAAUCUCUUAGCCACGGGUUGCAUGUUGCAGCUGUCUGAGGUGACGGAGGCCUGCUGUGGGUAUCUUGUCAAGCAGCUUCAUCCAUCUAACUGCCUUGGCAUACGAUCAUUCGCUGAUUCACAGAGCUGCCCGGAUCUACUCAGGGUUGCCCACAACUACACUAUGGAGAAUUUCUGUGAGGUAACAAUGAAUAAAGAGUUUCUGAUGAUGAAUGCCAGUGACGUCUGUGAACUCUUUGCCAGCGACGAUCUCAAUGUUCCUAAUGAGGAGAUUGUCUACUAUGCUCUGCUGUCCUGGGUCAAUCACAAUAUGCCUGAACGUAGGAAGUACAUCGCUAAGAUUAUGGCGCACAUAAGACUGCCACUACUGUCACGACAGUUUCUGUGUGACAUCAACGACAACAACACUAUAUUCCAAGGAGAGGAAGAAUGCCAACGUCUGAUCUUUGAAGCCAUGAGGUAUCAUCUCCUACCAGAACGACACCCUCUCAUGCAGAGCGCGCGCACGCGACCGCGCAAAUCCACCGUGGGUACCUUGUAUGCUGUAGGGGGAAUGGACAGUACUAAGGGAGCUACAAGUAUAGAAAAAUAUGACCUGCGUACUAACACCUGGACUCACAUUGGCAACAUGAGCGGCCGCAGACUGCAGUUUGGCGUCGCUGUUUGCCAUGAUAAACUCUUCGUUGUCGGUGGGCGUGACGGUUUGAAGACCUUGAAUACUGUGGAGUGCUACAAUCCUGUGGGGAAGUCUUGGAGUAUGCUGACUCCGAUGGGUACACAUAGACAUGGCUUAGGCGUUGGAAUGCUUGAGGGCCCGAUGUACGCCGUGGGCGGCCAUGACGGUUGGAGCUACCUGUCUUCUGUGGAGAGAUAUGAUCCGCAGAGCAAACAGUGGAGCUAUGUUGCUUCUAUGUCAUCCCCUCGUAGUACUGUUGGAGUAGCAGUACUAGAUAGAAAACUGUAUGCUGUUGGAGGUCGUGACGGCAGCGCCUGUCUGCGCACAGUAGAGGUCUAUGAUCCUCAUAUCAAUCGCUGGACAAUGUGCUCUCCUAUGAGUAAGCGACGCGGUGGGCUCGGUGUGGCUGUGUGUAAUGGAUGUCUGUAUGCUAUCGGUGGGCACGAUACACCAAGCAGCCAGCAGUCAUCAAGACAGUUUGAUUGUGUCGAGAGAUACGACCCCCGCUCGGACCUGUGGUGUACCCUUGCUCCUAUGAGUCUGUGCCGGGAUGCGGUAGGCGUGGCAGUGCUUGGCAACCGCAUUUUUGCUGUGGGCGGAUACGACGGUCAGUCUUACCUGAAUUCUGUGGAGAGUUAUGACCCGAUGACUGGUGAAUGGAGCUAUGUGUCUCCACUGAACACUGGCAGGGCUGGUACCUGCGUGGUGCAUGUCCCUAUCACCUGAUGAAUAUGCAUGAGGUCAAAGGUGAACACGACUGAUGUUAAUGGUUACUCUACGACAAAAUACAGUGUACUACUGUUUUAUGUUAUAUGCUGCUUUGGUACUUCGGAACAAAAUUGUCUUUUGCAAAUCAUUACAGGGUUUUGUUUGACGAAAUUUUAACAUUUUGUUUUUCACAGAGACUUUUGGGAAAAAGAAUAUUAGAUUUUCAGACCUUUUCAGCAUUUAGUAAAAUUGUCAGCAUCUGGAUUACAAGGGUUUUAGUUUGCUACUUGUCAUUAAAGGAAAACUUUUAAGUGCAUAUAUAUAUUGUAACACUACGCAGAGUCCACAAAAGAAGUAACUUAAACCAAGUUGUGUAUCUUAUUAAAUAUUUAUAUUCAAGUAUUUAUCAUUCAGACAGCUGCUUGUAUAACAUAUGCUGCCUAAAUGAAUAGUUUCUCCAUUAUUUGAAUAAUACAUUGAGGUAACAUUGUACCGUGGUUACAUUGAAACCAUCCAAAUAUAUUUUGAGAAUAUAUUAAUCUUCCCUAAGUAGUCUUCCCGAUAGUCUUCCCAAGUGUACAAGUUAACUAGUUUAAUCCAGUUUAUGGCUGAAGCUAAAUAAGUUCAGUGCUUUACAUUGUUCCCAUUUAAUCCGGUUUAAUAUUUUUAACGGGAUUAAGUUCAGUGUACACCAGUUGGUUAAAUUAGAUUUUUAUGUCAUGAACUGGGUUAACUUUGUCAGAGGCAUUCCUUACUAGUUGAGUCAGUUACUAAUCCAAAGUUUUAAUUGAAACCCUGUUGAGCAUUCCUUAAGAUAUUUCCUAUUUAUUUUCAAAAAACAGAAAUAGUUUUGAUAGAUAUAAGUGACAUAAACCAGAGAACGGGAGACAAAUUUCCAGAUCAAAAAAAGUCCAUGUUCCGUUUUUUGGAAUUAGAUUUUCGCAGUAAACAUCGGCAUUACCUUUUCUACAAUACAAAAGUGUCAAAUUGUAAUGUUUUCAUACUUAGCAUUUUAAGAUACAUUGUAAAAUGAAUGAAUGUCAUCAUUUCUUGAACAGUAGAUGUAAGAUGAUAUAGAUGUAUGAAAAUGGUGUAACUAUUUGGUGGUUGUACUCUUACAUAUAUCUGUGCUGUACAAAGACAUUUGUAUGUUUCAUGUACAACAAAUUAGCAUAGGCAACUAUAACAAAAUGAAUUUGAAGUAACAGUUAACAUUUAUAGCAUUUUCUGGUGUUGAAAACAUUGCUCAAUAGUGCAAUCUGUGUCGGAAGCAUUAACACACAGGGUAUAAGUUGUGUAUUUUUUAUAUAUUUUUCUCCAACUCCAACUCAAGGUAAACAAGUAAACAGUAAACCAGAAUUCUAUUUGAUUUUUUUCGUAGAUUGUUCAAUGCAAUUGCUGCAUUCGCCGUCACAACUCUGUUACUUAUCUUAUGUUCAAACCCACCUCCAAAAUACGAUUGUAUUAUUAAGAAAUGUGGUUUUGUUUUUGUUUUUUGGAAGAAACACCUUUGAUACAAGAACGUGGAUAUUUUAAAAGUCUUAUUAAGUUCAAAUGUCAAUGUUUAUGUAAAUGCAUGUUCUCUCUACUUAUAAUUUAUUUGCAAGUUAUUUUCACGUACUCUAUCAAUCUGCAUACAACUCAAUGCAACAUUAUCUUGGCUGUUUGUUCAUUAAGAUAUUGGUUCGUUACUUCGUUCCAACUAUUAUUUUGUUCUUCUGUAUUUACCGUUUUAAGCCAUAUAGCAUUGCCAAAGUGAUAUUGUUUUGAUAUAGCUAUUGUAUUUGUUAUUAUAUAUUUGUACACAUAUUCACCUAUUUAGACUUGAAUAACGCGGUUAUGUUUAACCCAGAAAUUGACUUCGGACUAUAAAAUGGCCUAAAUAGGGGAACUUAAUUUCAUUUUUUUUAAAUUGGAUCACGCUAUUACAAAGAACAUGUACAUUUAAUACAACAGGAAUGGUUUUGCAGAUAGGAUUUGUGGUAUUCUGUUGAGUCAGGUUCUUGGAAGUUUUGUUUUGACGAGUUUUGCCUAAAAAGUCAUUUCUACGUUUUGUAUCAUCAUUUCAGCGGAGAAUACCAAAUUGCUUUUGAAUAUUUCAUACAUUAUAUUAUUAUUCACCAUAAUCAUUUCUCCAAAUCAUGAGAAACCCCACCCCCCC